AUGUUUCCUUUCGCGAUAGAGAAACACCAUUUGAUAACAUGGGCUUUUGUUUCCAUUGCUGGUGUUACUCAAUCCUUAUCUGGAAGCUCAAUGGCUGCACUACAUUGGACCUCUACAGGUUCGUCAAAAGUAUGGAGAAAUCCCCAUUUUGGCACCGCACUAUUGAAGAUAUUGGUGAUCUUUACUUCGAGAUCAGCCGCCAAAACCAACCUGGCUCCAGAUCUCCAACCGUUGUUUCUAUCAAGAUUGCCUCCAGAACUCAGAUCUUAUAUCUGGGGCUAUGUCGCGUCAACGACAGCGUACAGUGUCUUCAUGCUGGUGGUGGCGAAACUUCAUAACCUGCUCGUCAUCUUCGCGACUCUACCAAUUGGAUUUUAG